GUGUUAAUGAAUGAUCGUGAUCGAUGUAUUUACUGUUGGUAUCAUGCAUCAGCAGACGGGGUUUUAAUUUUGAAAAGUAAAUGAAGUAGAUAAUGAUGGUCUGGCAUAUACCUGGAUAUUACGAAUCGUUCGUCUGGAUAGAUGAAGCUCUGAUCGGGGUGCAUUCAUUUCAGAAGGGAUAAAACAACAACUCUCAAGUUCUGCCAAUAUUUUGCUUUAAUAACCGAGAAUAUGAGGGGAAUCAUUGUGCUCUAUCUGUUGGUGGUCGUAUCAGGGCUGGUAGUGGCCUAUCUCUUCUAUGAACCUGUACCCAAUGGCCUAACAGAGCCAAUGAAGUACAGGUCAUUUAUGGCGAUGGUAAAUUUGAUGAAACUUGUGAUUUCUGCAUUACACCUUCUACACAGAGAAGAAGCUUAUGGUGAAUACAACGUGAAAAGCCUACAAUUUAUCACAAAAUUGGGAGCCCAACCAGCAGCAGAGGUCGAGGGGUCAAACAUCAGGUCAAAGGUCACGAACUUUGCCGGGGUUGAAGUCAUACUGUAUGAGCCAAUCAAGAGGAAGAGUUCUGACCUAAUACCAGCUUUGAUAUACAUUCAUGGAGGUGGUCUGUGCCUCAGCAGCGCAAAUUCAUACGAUGGACUAACAAGGACCCUGGCUGAAGAACUCGAUACUGUAGUUGUUUCGAUAGAUUAUCGUCUUGCUCCAGACCAUCCAUUCCCAUCGGGUUACGAAGACUGCUUAACAGCCACGCGUUAUUUCAUACAACAUGCCGAGAAGGAUUUUGGCGUCGACGAGAAUCGCAUUGCCAUCGGCGGUGACAGUGCCGGUGGUCAGCUCUCUGCAUCUGUAUCCAUCGGUAUCCACGAUGAUCCUUCCCUGCCAGACCUUAAGCUUCAAGUCCUUAUCUAUCCCUCAACGCAGAAGAUUGAUCUGAACACCCCAUCAUAUCAGAAGUACAGGGCUGAUUUCGGCUCAUCAGGAGUUAUUCCGUUACAUUUUGGCGUCACUCUCGCGAGUUUGGUUACAGUAGGUAAGAUCGACCCAGAGUUCAUGAAACAUGUGGCCAACAACAACCAUAUAUCUUCUGAUUUCAAGAAAACAACAGUUGAAUACAAGUACCUCGAUCACAACAAGAUCCCAGCGGAAUUCCGUGAUCCAAGGUAUUACAAAACGAAGAAUGAUCCUGAAACAGGCAAUGCAGCCCUUUUUAAGCGUAUAUCACCGAUCCUGCUUGAUCCUCGAAUCGCGCCGUUGAUGAAGAACGAUCUUACGGGACUUCCCCCUGCUUUCGUCAUCACCUGUGGUUUUGACUCGCUUCGAGAUGACGGUAUCUUUUACAAGAUUCGCCUUCAUGAGGCUGGUGUGUCGGUCAAAUGGUCCCACUAUGAAGAAGCAUUCCAUGGUAUACUGUGGAUGAGUGGCGCCAAUAUUAAUUUCAAAGUUGGUGAAAAAAUGCGCAAGGAAAUCGUCGCAUACGUCAAAGAAAACAUAUGAUAGCUGACGGUUGACUAAAGGAUAUUAAAAACAAUGUUAAAGAAUAUUCAUUCACCAUCCACAAACUUGUUGCACUUCAGAAAGAACACAAAAUGAUGCCAAGUACUGGUGUAGGCUUUAAAGCAACGAUAUUUUUUGUUUGAAGAUGACGUCCAUUGAGUUUCACCUAUACUGUUUAAUAAGGUACAUGUAGUACGUUGAAGAGGCUAUUAAGGCCAGUUAACGGGGAGGGCCUUAGUCCAGUGGCGUACAGAUAGGGGACGCUGGACCCCCCUCCCCAAUAUUUCAAGAACAAGAAAAAAAACCGAAAGAGAGAAAGAUGAAAAUGAUAUCAGAAUAUUUUAUAUCAAAAUCUAUCAAAAAAUAUGAUUUUUGUAAAUAAAAAUGCCGAAAUUUUAGAUCGCUCUCUGGCAACUUUUAAAAAAAUAUAUAUAUUUUGUCCAGUACGCCAAUUCUGGCCCCCUCAAAAUGUAUGGCUCAUUACACCACUAAUUGGGAACACAGCAAAAGAUGGAUUAAAAAAACAUACAUGU